AUGUUACGCGGGGAAAGGCCCUGCCGGCUGCUCGCGAUCCUGGCAGCCGCUCUGUCAGUCUCUCGGGUUGCGGCGAGUGCCGCUUUCAGCGCGAACCUGCUCCACUCCAACGCCAUCAAGAACUUGCCGCCCGGGGGCGCUGCGAUGGUCCCGGGCGCCCCCGUUAGCCUCGCGCCUGGCGACUCUGGGCUGCGCGACGGCGGCAGCAAGCACCAAGGCGCCGAGGCGCACCAGCCUUCCGCGUGCGGCGGGGACGAGGACUGCAGCGCCGACGAGUUCUGCUCUGUCUCGGCCCGCGGGGGAAGCCAGGUCUGCCUGGCCUGCCGGAGACGCCGCAAGCGCUGCCUCCGCGACGCCAUGUGCUGCCCGGGCAGUUACUGCAAUAACGGAAUGUGUAUGCCUUCAGAACAUGAUCACUUCCAUCCUGGGGAUAUUGAGGAGACCCUGCGAGAGAACUUCGAGCAUGGCACUUUAGACCCCCAUCCCAAAAGGACCACUUCUUCAUCACGCCUUCACUAUCUGAAAGGCCAAGAAGGCUCCGUGUGCCUCCGCUCCUCAGAUUGUGCUGCAGGGCUGUGUUGUGCCCGUCACUUCUGGUCCAAGAUUUGCAAACCUGUCCUGAAGGAAGGCCAAGUGUGCACAAAACAUCGAAAGAAAGGCGCUCAUGGUUUGGAGAUCUUCCAGCGAUGUUACUGCGCGGAUGGGUUGACCUGUCGGAUACAGAAAGACCACACGACCAGCAACACUUCCAGACUGCACACCUGCCAGAGACACUAG